AUGUCGGACACACGUCUUUAUCUUGGAAAUUUACCUCGGACAGGCAAGUCUCGCUUCCUACACGCUAUUCAGCUGGUUUAUCUUUGUCCGUUCGUCUCUACAGCCACUAAGAAAGAUGUCGAGGAUUUCUUUGUAAAGCAUGGUCAUGGCACCAUCCAGGAAAUCAAACUUAUGAAUGGAUUCGGUUUCAUUGAAUACUCGAAUCCUUCUGAUGCCCGAGACAUAGUUCCUAUCUUCCACGGCAAGGAGUUCAUGGAUUCAAGGUUGACCGUCCAGUUCGCACGUGGCCCUCGCCCAACACGCAAUGACUUUAACGGACCAUCUGGAGAUCGUACUCCCCGCCCACGCCGUACACCCUACCGAAUGAACAUCUCUGGGCUUCCUACGGAUACCAGCUGGCAGGAUCUGAAAGACUUUGCUAGAAAGUCCGGAGUCGACGUCGUCUUCAGCGAGGUUUCGCGUAACCGCGACGGAUCAGGAAUCGUUGAAUUCGAGACUGCUGAUGACCUUAGGAUAGCCAUCAACAAGCUGGACAACUACGACUUCAAGGGAGGCAGGGUCUCCUGUACAUCCGAUCAACAAGCAAGGAAUUCCAGAGGACGUUCUCGAUCUCCACCACCAGCGGGCAGGCGUAAUGGCUACUCUCCUCGUGAGGGUCGAGGAUACUCACCAGGACGAAGGGGAGGCUAUUCCCCACACCGAGGAGGCGACCGUGGCUAUUCACCAAGAGGCAGAGGCUAUUCCCCACCACGUGGAAACGACAACCGAGGAGGUGACCGAGGGUUCCGUGAGCGAUCACCCUAUGGAGGUGGCGGCCGUGAAGAACGUCGCGGAGGCGGAGGAGACUACCGUAAUGAUCGCCGCAUCACCCCUCCUUAUGAUAGACGUUCUCCUGACGGUUAUGGGCGGUCAGGCGGUAGAUACGAUGAACAGCGUGGAGGAAGUGGAGGUGGUGGGAGGUACGACGAGCCUCCAAGAAGGUAUGAUGAUGAUAAGCGCGGUGGGUAUGGAGGUAAUGAAUAUGGGGGACCACCUCCUAGAGGUGGCGGUGGUGGACGCUCCCCGCCACGUUACAGAGAUGAUUACGAUCGUAGUCAAAGGUCUGGCGGUGGCGGCGGCGGCGGCCGGUAUUAG